AUGUCUGGCCGCAAAGGAAAGAAGGUUGCAGGACCUUCUGCGCCUGCCUCACUUACUGCCGAAGAGCAGACACUUCUCGCAACCCUCAGAAGCCAUUCUAAGGGAGCAGAUAUAGAUACCCUUAAGAGCGAGCUGGGUGACUGGGAUGAUAACUCGAUCUUAACCUGUAUGAACUCAUUGAGUCAAAAGCAAUAUGUGGAUUUCAUAUCAUUGGGUAAAAGCGGGAAAUUGGCCUUUAAAGCGAGAUCGGCAGAAGAGGCGACCAAGACGGGAGGAAUGAAAGACGAGGAACGAAUAAUAUAUCGCUUGGUAAAGGAAGCCAAGAACAAUGGAAUAUGGCUCAAGCAGCUGAGAGACAGGUCUGGUCUUCACAGCCAGCUUGCCAAUACAGUCAUCAAGAAUUUAGAAAAGAAGAACGUCAUCAAAUGGGUGAAACCAGUCAAGAAUCCGUACAAGAAAGUCUAUCUCCUUUUUGAGCUAGAGCCUUCCACUGAGCUUACCGGCGGAGCGUGGUAUACAGACAACGAGAUGGACAUGGACUUUAUCGAGCAACUCUCCGCACAAGUAUAUAAAUAUAUUACAAUGAAGAGUUUUCCUCCAAAAAAUAAAGACGCCAUAUAUUCCGCUUCUUACUCCUCCUAUCCAACCGCCAGCGCCAUCCACAAAUUUAUCGGCAAAAGCGGUCUCACAACUGUUCCCCUCAGUCUCGAAGACGUGCAGAGCUUGCUAGACCGGUUAUACUAUGACGGAAAGGUCACGCGCAUAGUGAAAUCAGGAUACGCCGAGUCGGAUUACGAUCGAAUGGAUACUGAUGACGAGGAUUAUCGAGAUGGCGAUGAGGAAGUCCGCGAUUUAGAUAGCGAUGUGUGGAUGUAUAAAGCUGUGAGAGGUUGGGCAACGGAGGAACGAAAUGGGUGGACCGACAUGCCGUGCGGCAGGUGUCCAGUCUUUGAGUUUUGUUCAGAGGGAGGCCCUGUCAACCCCAGCAAUUGCAAAUAUUUCAAGGAAUGGCUGCAAGGAUGA